AGUAGGGAAAAGGGGGGACGGCUUGUUUAGUUUCUUCUUCUUCUUCUUGAGCAGGACGCCGGAAAUGGCUGCUAAGGGUGCCGGAGAAGCAUUGAGAGCAUACAGAGACAUUUUACGUGCGACCAAGAAAACAUUUGCCGGAGAUACGAUGAUGCUCUCCGGUUCGGCUGCCGAGGUGAGGAAGAAAUUCGAUGAGAAUCGCCAUGUCACCUCCGAAUCGGAGAUCCAGAGACUUCUUGACGAGGCUCGCGAAGCAUCCCAUUUCAUUACUAAUAUGCUUGUUCAAGCCAAACUCAAUUCCUCUGGCGGCUAUGCGGUGAAGGCUAGCCAAGAUCACGCUGGAGCGACACUAGAGACUCCUUCAGAAGCGAUUCUGCAGAAAUGAUAUGCUAUAUGUAAAACACAAAAAGCUAGUCUUCCUUUUAAAAUUCUUAUUUCAAUUCAAUAUCUCCACUAACACUUUUUCAAUCCCCUUUUUUACUUUGAAUUUGAUGGGAAGUUUGAGAGUAGGAACCGCCUUAUGUUGUUGCCGGAUCUGUUUUGUUUUCCUACAGAAUAAUAAUGGCUUGUUUUUGGUUAAAUUUUACAACAGAUAAAUGUAAUAAGCAUUCUGCUUCUUUAUUUAUUAGUGUUUCCAUCAAUGGCUUUUUAGUGUUCACUUCAA